AUGGUAACCCCGUUUGAUCCUAGUGUCGACUACUAUCCGCCAUCAAUCCGUCAGAAGUACGGCCUUGGCGACUUUGACAAUGUGAAGUCUCCGCCUGCCGAAGCCGUGCCGUCGGCUGAUAUAGAGUGGCUCCCGGACUAUUUAAAGUUCGUGGAACGAAUUGAAGCACAUGUCAGGGACGUGGAUUCCAAUGGCGCCGGGUCCAAGUGCCGGGCCGUCGGUCUAGAUUCCCCUUUGGCAUGGAGUGGACGAGAGCUGCAGUUGCAAGACAACAUAGUCCCGCUGGACGAGGCUGACGUGCAAGAAAUUCAGUCUGCUAUGGAAUUCUUUAAGGAUCUUUCGUCUGUGAAAAGGGAUACAUUUCCGCUGCCUAAUCUGGGCCCUCGACUUAAGAAGCUAUGCUCCGGUGUGUACAACAAGAAGGGUUUCUGUAUUCUCCGAGGGUUGUCUCCAAAGUCCUACUCCCGCGAAGACAAUGUAAUAAUCUAUCUCGGUAUUUCCAGCUACUUUGGAGAGCAGCGUGCAAGGCAGUACCCGGAUGGAUCCAGCAUCGAUGUCCGAUUCGACGAGGUCGCAGACAAUAAGCGCAGGCCUGCGUUCACCAAUGCUCCCUUCCACACGGACUUACUUUGUAGCUUGUUGGCCAUGUACUUUCUCGAUACUGCUGCCAGCGGUGGCGAGAUCCGUCUGGCCUCUUCGUUUAGGGUUUACAAGGAGAUUGCCGACAGGCUGCCAGAUCUCAUCAACGUUCUUGCCAGUGAUGAUUGGGUCCAUGACACGCCGCUGCUCCAUCUUUGGCAGGACAAGCCCGUCCUCAUCUUCUCGCGCCGGAACCUCACUGGCUCUAAAGCGACACCGCGCUCCUUGGAGAUUCCGCCGAUGACGGAAGCACAGGCCGAGGCCCUGGAUGCAGUCCAUUUUAUAGCAGAAGAGCACUGCGUCACCAUCACCCCUCAGCCUGGCGAUAUGGUGUUCAUCAACAACUUUGCCGUCAUGCACAGCCGCAAUUCAUUUCAAGACAGCCAAACGUCCAAGCGCUAUAUCCUGCGGCUUUGGCUGCACAACCCGGAAGUCGGCUGGGAUGUACCCCCUGGGCUACGCUUGGCCUGGGACCGUUUAUUUGAACGUGUCGACGAGAUCGUCAACUACUGGGAUAUUGACCCGUACUCGGAGCGAGGGCGCUCCCUCUACCGCAAGAAUCGGACUUUUGGUGCUACAGACGGCGGCGAAGGCACUGGUGGAGGCAUUAGUGGAGGCGGUGGUGGUGGUGGUGGUAGUGGCAGUGGUGGAGGCGGUGGUGGAGGAGGUGGAGGUAAAGGUGGUGGCUACGGCUAUUCCUCCUCGUGCGGAUGA